CAGGAGAUUCUUGGAGGAAGGGCCCCCUGCUGAGAGCUGCCCCCCCCCCCAGGAGGUGCUGCUCUCUCCUCCCAGGUUCUCCACUGUGCCCAGCUGCUCCGCCCCCACGUCUCCAGAGUUGGCCCCAGUCCCUCUGCCAUCAGAGGGGCCCAGCCGCCAUGAGGGACACAGCAGUAGAGGAAUCCCUCUUCCAAAUCAUCCACAGCUACCACCAGUAUGCGGCCCGGGAGGGGGACCUGGAGACCCUGUCCCUGGAGGAGCUGAAGGCCCUGCUCAUGGACAACGUGCCCCGCUUCAUGGACAGCCUGGGCCGGAAGGAGCCGUACUUCAUCGCCGAGCUGUUCCGGGAGGCGGACAAGGACAAGGACAACCAGAUCUGCUUUGACGAGUUCCUGCACAUCCUGGGCAGGCUGCUGAGGGACUACCACCUGCAGUACCACCGGCAGCUGUGCGCCCACUAUUGCACCCAGCACGGCCUCUACUGACGGAGCAGGCCGCCUCCCC